CGGGGGGAGGGGCUGGCGCAGUGCGCACGCGCGUCGCGCCGGGCCCGGUUUUUAACUGGCUGCGUGGCCCGCGCCGUCGGUAAAUGGCGUAGGUGGCGGGAAAGUUGAGUCCCUCGUGGCCGAGCCUUCAGGGCUAUGUGCAGUGACUUCCACAGGGCUGAGUCUGGGACCGAGCUCCUUGCCCGACUUGAAGGUAGAAGUUCCUUGAAAGAAAUAGAACCGUAUUUGUUUGCUGAUGAAGAGUCACCUGUACAUGGUGAUAUUCUUGAAUUUCAUGGUCCAGAAGGAACUGGAAAAACAGAAAUGCUCUAUCAUUUAAUAGCACGAUGUAUACUUCCAAAAUCAGAAGGUGGACUGGAAGUUGAAGUCCUGUUUAUUGACACUGAUUACCACUUUGAUAUGCUCCGACUUGUUACCAUUCUUGAACAUAGACUAUCUCAAAGCUCCGAAGAAAUAAUCAAGUUCUGCCUUGGAAGACUUUUUCUGGUAUACUGCAGUAGUAGCACCCAGUUGCUCCUCACACUCUAUUCACUGGAAACUAUGUUCUGUAGUCACCCAUCCCUCUGUCUUCUGAUUUUGGAUAGCCUGUCUGCUUUUUACUGGAUAGACCGGGCCAAUGGAGGAGAAAGUGUUAACCUGCAGGAGUCUACUCUGAAAAAAUGUUCUCAGUUCUUAGAGAAACUUGUGAAUGAGUACCGCUUGGUUCUCUUUGCAACAACACAAAGUAUAAUGCAGAAAACCUCAAACUUACCAGAAGAGCCGCCUUCUGCUUGUAAACGUGAUGCCGACAUAGACUACAGACCCUAUCUCUGUAAGACAUGGCAACAAGUGGUAAAGCAUAGAAUAUUCUUCUCUAAGCAAGAUGAUUCUAAAGGCAGCACUCAAUUUUCAGUGGUUUCACGUCAUUUAAAAAGUAACAGUUUAAAAAAACAUUUGUUUAUUAUUGGAGAAAGUGGAGUUGAGUUUUGUUAAUGUAUCAUAAAAUAAUCUUUUGUAAGAUAUUAUAUGAACUUCAAAAAGGUUUUUAUAUAUAAGCAAUUUGAAUCUAAAACUUUAAACUCCAGGGAAAUUAACAUAGCAAUAUUUUUUCACAGAAUGGAUUACUUAAACUAGUACAGUAAAACUUUAGACUGUUUUGUUUCUAGACCAUUUAAGAUUAAGCAGUGAUAUAAACCAUUAAACUUUGUAUUAGGUUUGUUUUAGAACUAAAUAAAUAAUGUACAUAUUUCGUCCUAAAUAAA